GAACAAUACAUUGAGCUUAGAUAAAAAAAAUUUGAAUUGCUGAUUGGUUCAGGCUUCAUAUAAAGAGACUACAGCACAGUUUGCUAUCCAACAUCUGACAUAUGACAAUGACAACUGAGAGUAUUUUAUUCUAUGAAGACAGGAACUUUCAAGGAAGAUCCUAUGAGUGUAAGGGGGAAACAAGUGACCUUCACUCUUUCAUUACUCGUUGUAAUUCAGCGAGGGUGAAAGGGGGCUUCUGGGUUCUUUAUGAGCGACCAAACUAUAUGGGUUAUCAGUAUGUUGUGGGCCCUGGGGAAUAUCCAGAUUAUCACCAUUGGAUUGGCUUCAGUGAUUCUCUCAGAUCAUGUCGUCCAAUCAGACAUGUCACUGAACAUCUCAAGCUGAAAUUUUUUGAGAGGCCCAACUUUGAUGGCCAAGCAUGGGAGGUUACAGAAAGCACCCCUUCUGUUCAGGAACGUUUUCUCUGCAGGGAGAUUCAUUCCUGCAAGGUCCAUGAAGGUCCCUGCGUGUUCUUCGAGCAUCCAAACUACCGUGGCCGCCAGUACCUGCUUGAAAAGGGAGAAUAUAGGCGCCAUACUGAAUGGGGAGCCAUGCAUCCCACUGUGGGCUCUAUUCGCCAGAUCACUAAAGACUGUUGAAUUUAGGUCAACUACAGCUGUUGUACUGCAACUGAAAUACCACUCAAGUAUUGAAAAAAUAAAAUGAGUUGAAGAUGCAAUUAUGUGUGUUAAGUC